CGGGAAUCGCAGUAUUUACGCCACGGAAAUACGUCUAUAACUUGCGACGGACUGCCACUGCUUCCUUCUUUUCAAUGCUCUGUCGCGUGAGAGCAGUACCGUCAAUAUGAGCAAGGUAUCCAGGGAUAUGCUUUAUGAGGUGGUCAAGGAGGUCCAGGCGGGAUCUCUUGCCAAGCCACGCAAGUUCACAGAGUCUGUAGAGCUCCAGAUCAGCUUGAAGAAUUAUGAUCCCCAGAAGGACAAGCGUUUCUCUGGCACAGUCAGACUGAAGACCACCCCCAGGCCCAAGUUCUCUGUGUGCAUCCUGGGAGACCAGCAGCAUUGUGAUGAGGCCAAGGCUGCAGAGCUGCCCCACAUGGACAUUGAGGCCCUCAAGAAACUCAACAAGAACAAGAAAAUGGUCAAGAAACUGGCCAAGAAGUAUGAUGCCUUCCUGGCCUCUGAAUCGCUGAUCAAGCAGAUCCCUCGUAUCCUGGGGCCUGGGCUCAACAAGGCUGGCAAAUUCCCCUCCCUGCUCACCCACAACGAGAACCUCAACAUCAAGGUUGAUGAGGUCAAAUCCACCAUUAAGUUCCAGAUGAAGAAGGUGCUGUGUCUGGCAGUGGCUGUGGGUCACGUGAAGAUGUCCGAGGAGGAGCUGGUCUACAACAUCCACUUGGCAGUUAACUUCCUGGUGUCUCUGCUGAAGAAGAACUGGCAGAAUGUCCGUGCCCUCUAUGUCAAAAGCACCAUGGGAAAGCCCCAGCGCCUCUACUAGAGGAUCAAACUGCUUUUACUACCAAUAAAAGGACAUAAAAACA